AUGGGUCGAAGCGUGGCAUACGUCAGACUGAUGAAACAGUUGGUAAGGCUUGUGAGACCACUGUUACAAACAUAUUGUUGUAAGAACACUCAUUAUAGACAGGUUUUCAGGGCAUUUGGCUCUAGUGGUGUACAUUCUAAAAAGUCACCUGCGGACUGGGGUCACAAAAAGAGAGAGGCUUAUCUACAACCAGCAAGGAGCGAAAUUGUCAUGUCGGACCCCGAAAUUGAAGCUGUAUUAGCUCCAUUAAGAGCAUCAGUCAAAGAACAGGGUGACCAUGUGCGUAAAUUAAAAUCAGAGAAAGCCCCUGAUGUGGAUAUCCAGAAAGCUGUUGCUGAGUUGAAACAUAGGAAACAGGCCUUGGAGGCUAAGGAAUUGGCAUUGUCCCCGAAAGAUGACUUUGACCGGGCCAGAUUGGAGGAUUUAUUGAUCCAGAAGUUUUUCUUUGACCAGUCAUUCUCAAUUUAUGGAGGUGUCAACGGCCUGUAUGAUUUUGGUCCCAUGGGAUGUGCUGUGAAAGCAAACCUUAUACAGUUGUGGAGGAACUUCUUUGUGCUUGAAGAACAAAUGCUGGAGGUUGACUGCUCUGUGCUGACACCAGAAAAUGUCCUCAAAGCAUCUGGUCAUGUGGAGAGGUUCCAGGAUCACAUGGUUAAGGAUCUGAAGAGUGGAGCUUGUUUCCGUGCUGACCACUUAGUGGAAGGGUUCUUUGAGAAGGUCUUAAGUGACAAGAAGGUGCCAGCGGAGAAGAAAGAAGAGAUCCGAAAGUUAAUGCCUAAUAUAGAGGCUAUGACUAAAGAGGAGUUAGGUGAGUUGAUACGCAGGUACGAGAUGAAGUCUCCGGUGACAGGAAAUGACGUCAGUGAUCCAAUGGAGUUCAAUCUCAUGUUUGGUACAUCUAUAGGGCCGACUGGUCAGAUGAAAGGAUUCCUUCGACCAGAAACAGCUCAGGGUAUCUUUGUAAAUUUCAAACGUCUGCUGCAAUUUAAUCAGGGAAAGUUACCAUUUGCAGCAGCUCAAAUAGGAAAUGCCUUUAGAAAUGAAAUCUCACCAAGAUCAGGUCUCCUACGAGUGAGAGAGUUUACCAUGGCAGAAAUUGAGCAUUUCUGUGACCCAGAGUUGAAAUCAACUCACCCCAAGUUUGACACGGUAGCAGAUCUGGAAUUGGUAUUAUACUCUGCCUGUAACCAGAUGGAUGGGAAGGCACCAGAAAAGAAAAAAAUUGGUGAUGCAGUGAGGGAGAAACUGAUCGCCAACGAGACACUAGGCUACUUCAUUGGAAGGAUAUACCUAUUCCUGGUGAAGAGUGGUGUAGAUCCAAAGCGUCUGCGGUUCCGUCAGCACAUGUCAAAUGAGAUGGCUCAUUAUGCCAAGGACUGCUGGGACGGUGAAUGUAAAACUUCUUAUGGCUGGAUAGAAUGUGUGGGUUGUGCAGACCGUUCCUGUUAUGAUCUAACCCAGCAUACCAAAGCGACUGGAGUUAAACUGGUAGCAGAGAGGAAGUUAGCAGAAGCUAAAACCAUUGAUGUUACGGAGUGUGUACCGAAUAUGAAGCUCAUGGGAAAGGCCUUUAAGCGGGAUGCUAAAGAUGUUGCCUCACACCUAAGCGGCCUUUCUACUGAGGAUAUUGAUAGUCUGGAUAAAAACCUCAAAGACAAUGGGGAAUACUCUGUAGAUGUAAAUGGUAAAUCAUUUACUCUGAAGUCUGACAUGCUGGAGAUCAAGCGAUACCCAAAGACCGUUCAUGUUGAAGAGAUUAUGCCGUCUGUGAUAGAGCCAUCAUUUGGAAUUGGACGUGUUAUGUAUUCUAUAUUUGAACACAAUUUUAAGACAAGAGAAGGAGAUGAACAGAGAACGUACCUGACUUUACCAGCUGCGAUUGCCCCAUACAAAUGCUCCGUCCUACCCCUCAGUUCAAAACCAGAACUUCAACAGUUUGUCAAAGAACUUUCGAUGGCCUUGACCAAAUGUGAUAUAUCACACAAAGUGGAUGACAGCAGUGGUUCUAUUGGUCGUAGAUAUGCUCGCACUGACCAGAUAGCCAUCCCUUAUGGAAUAACAGUUGACUUUGAUACGGUUAAGUCAACUCCUCCUACUGCCACACUUAGGGACAGAGACUCCAUGAAACAGAUCCGAGCUCCGAUCGUGGAGUUACCAGAGAUUGUGCGUGACCUAUCGAAUGGCCGCCGGAGCUGGGAAGAUGUACUCAACAACUACCCAAUCUUUGAGCAGCAGGAAAACUGAAUUGACAUUGUCUGUUGUUUAAACUGGUGCAAAGAUUUGCUGAACUAACAUUUUAACUAUCCACCUUUUUACCUUUGUCUACUUUAACAUAAAGUGAGAUCUGGCAUGAUUCUUGUAAGGGAUAAGAAUGAUUCUAUUUUCACUGGAAAUAAGUUGUACAAGGUAUUUAUUGAGAUUCAUUGGAAGAAUGAUCAGUGCAAUUGUUCACAAGCUAUGAACAAAUGAUAUAUAGAUGCUGUAAAUGUUGAUUGUCAAUGAAUCAGUGAAAAUAGAAAGAACGUCAAAUAACUGAUAGCUUUAGAAAGGGGUUUAGUGGUAUGUAAUAGCAUAGUGCUAGGCCUAGAAGAUGUGGUAACUGGUUUAACAUCUGGUUUAGAAGUUAAUUAAUAACUAAUUAAUAUUUAUAACCAUAUAUUUGACAGUGUAUAUAUCAGCACCUUUAAAAAGUGCUAGAAUUCAAGUCUUUGCGCAAAAAAAGGGCUGGAUUAUUUUAUGUAUCAUGAAACUAUGCAGUAAUUUGCUUUAUUUUCGAGUGCUUGAAAAUAUAGGAGACAAUUGGCCUUUUCUUCUGGGGGGAAACAAUGAUUUAAAAUUUCGUGAAAAUGGUAUUCAUACAUGUAAAAGUGAAAAUAUCUUUUUUCCAAAAAUCUUCCACUUUUAAAAUUGUAAGAUAAUGCUUGAAUUGUGUCAUCAAAUGCACAUUCAUUUUGUAAUCAGCAAUCUGAAUUCCAGCUUUGAUUUGCUUAUGGUAGUAGUUGGAAAUACAAAUGUGACAUUUUUCUUAAAUGUGGAUAUUCAUUUCAACAGUAUUCAAUUACAUGAAGUCAUUGUGAUAUGGUCAUAAGAAAUUGAGACCAAAAUAAAAUUUUGAAAAUCAA